ACUUUGUAAUAAAGUAUCACUUCAAGUCGUCACCUUUAGAAACAUAUAUUAAUACAUAACUCCAUUGAAGUGAAUUUAAAAAAAACCGUGAAAGAUGCGUAUGUUAAACUUGAAUCAAGUGGCCCCGGACUUCAACACUCAGGCGGUGAUUGCCGGAGGUUUCCGAAACUUGUCACUCACGGAUUUGCGCGGAAGAUACGUGCUUCUGGUUUUCUAUCCGGCGGAUUUUUCGUUUGUCUGCCCGACGGAGUUGCAGUCCUUCAGUGAUCGGGCCCAGGAAUUCAGGAACAUUGGCUGCGAGGUACUGGCCUGUUCGACGGACAGUCACUUUGUCCAUUGCGCCUGGAUGAAUACUCCCCGGAAGGUAGGGGGUCUGGGGGAAAUGGACAUUCCACUACUGGCCGACAAGAGCAUGAAGAUAGCCCGGGACUAUGGAGUAUUGGAUGAAAGCACGGGACUGGCAAUGCGUGCUCUGUUUAUUAUUGAUCGGGAGGGACGAGUUCGUCAAAUCACCGUAAAUGACAUGGGCGUGGGUCGCAGUGUGGAUGAAGCACUUCGUCUGGUUCAGGCCUUCCAGUUCUCAGACGAAUUCGGGGAACUUUGCCCCGUCAACUGGCGCCCCGGGGGUCGUGGCAUUAAGCCUGAUAGCGUUGGCAAGGAGGAAUACUUCAAAAAUGCCACCUAAAUAUUAUAAUACACCAUUUCUUUACGCUAGAGUGCAAGCAGCUAAAUAUAAUACUAAUCCUUAAUAUAAUACUAA